AAUGGAAAUAUAGAUAGAUAUAAGAAAAUAAAAUUCAAUUGGUUCAGAAAUUGCUAGGGCAAGCAGGAAACUGAGAAACCGAAUCCAUCAAAAUUUCUGAUAACCUAAGGUUAAAUAAAAAUCUCUAAAGCAGCACCAACAGUCGCAAAAAAAAAAAAAAGUGAACAAAAAAGAUUAAAGCAACAUGGCCCACGGUGGCUAUGGUAAGCGGCGUAUGGCCGAAGGGAACCGCGUCGGUCGGCGAUCCAAGGGACCCGGCGUCGACAAGAAACCGAAGCCCAAAGCCCCCUCUCUUAAGAACCAGAUACGCUCCAUUGAACGCAUGCUGCGAAAGGAUCUUCCACCUGAAGUUAGAGAGGCUCAAGAAAAAAAGUUAGGAGGGCUUAAGAAACAACAAGAAAUCCACAACCGACUCGCUGUGGAACGAAAAAUCUUCUUGAGGGACAGAAAGAUUAAGUUUUUUGAGAGGAGAAAGAUAGAAAGGAGGAUUAGGCGUUUGGAGAAGCUGCAAAGAACUUCAUCCGGUCAGGCACAAGACGUGGAUAUUGCUGACCAGCUUUCUAAAUUGAAAGAGGAUCUUGAAUAUGUUAGGUUUUUCCCUAAGACCGAGAAAUAUGUAUCUUUAUUUACUGGAGGUGAUGAUUCAGACAUAGUUGAUAGGAGAAAUAGAUUGCGGAAGCAGAUAAAAGCCAACUUAAUUGCUGCUGCUGCCAGUGGGAAAGAUAUGGAAGAAACAGGGAGUGAGGAUGAUGGACUGUUGGAUUUGAGUGAUGAUGAUUUCUUUUUGACUGGAACCUCAAGUGAUGAAGCUGAUGCAGAUGAUGAAUGGACAGAUAAAAGUACCAGUCAAACAUCUAUGCAUUUUAUGCACAGGGAACAGGCUUCUAGUGCUUCUGGAAAAGCAGCAUCUGGCAUGUCUAGUGAUGAAAGGAAUCAGAGACAGGUUUCUGCCAGAGCUUUGAUGCCACCUCCCAGGCCAUCAUCUAAUUCCUUUUCAAAUUCAGUACAUGCAAAAUCAAAUAGCAGAAGUGGUUCUUCCUUUAAGGCAGGGGGAUCCUCAAACUCAAAGACAGGAAACAGUAGUAAUUUAAGUUCCAAUUCUGAUGCUCGUAAGCCACGUAGAAAGAGGAGACCAAAAAAGAGAAAGCAACAGGCAUGACAAAAACGCAGCUUUGGUUUUGUCCAUGAGAAAACAAGUGGUGUUAUACCCAGACUUGUAUUGAAAUUCAACAACGCUUUUUGUAGUAUGUUCAAGAAUAGUUUUAGUUUUGGUUUAGCUGAAAUUUAAUUAUUAUACUACCUGUUUUUUUUUUUUUUGAUGGAUUUAAUUGUAUGUUGUCAACGCUUUGUAUUGUAUUCACUACAAUUGAUAAUUGGAGAGGGAUAAAUGAUCCUUGAUUUGAGCCCUUGGAAA